AUGGAGAAACUUGAACAUCGGCCAGAUAAUUCUUUUGUCAAUGUUCGAAUCACCCUUGUUGUUAUUGCCAUCGUCUCGUUUCCCUUCAACAUCAUUGGCAUUCUCAUCGCAAAUGCCCAGACUGCGUCGAUCAACCAGCUAGUAGCUCUUAGCUGCUCUGGCCUGUCAUCUAUUUUAUUGCUCUAUCGGUACCGGCAAGACCCAGCAUCGUCAAAAUCUAUCGCUGGUGUGAAAGUCAUCAUCACCGACCUUUUCUUCGCAAUAUACCUCACAGUGAUAUACUUGACUAUGCUCAUUGUUUCCGGGGCCGUGGGCAAGCAUGUGGUCUGUGUGUAUGGCAAUCUAGCAUGUCUUGUCUCAGGUCUUUUCCAUGCAUAUGCGGUCGUACGAGCUGCUCUAGACCGAUACAAGGCUUAUUUAGCCCGUAUGUCCCAGCCCAAGAGCGUCGCCUUCUGUCCCGCCUGCUCCUGCAAGUCGGUUUAUCAUAUCAUGGAUGGAGAUCAGGAGACGGGUGUGGCUGUUCUUAAAAUGUCGCCAGGGCUCAUCGAUGCCGAGAGUGAGCCUCUCAUGGGCGGUGAUAGUGCUCCGUUCCGAGCUUCUGAGGACACUGCGGUCAGUCUAGGGAGUGAGGUUACUGUAGAGACAUUUGAUGGGUCUUCGGAGACAGGACGGACAAAGUGA